AUUUUUGUUCACUGAACAGAAUGAACAGUGAUAUAUCUGCCUCUUUGUAUCCUCUCAAAGUAGACAUUUGACUUUUUAUCUUUCACAGAACUGCCAGUUUUUGUUUAUUUGAUUUUAUUUUUAUGUAGCACAAAUGAAAUAGCACAAGUUGUGUAAUCAGGGUCACAGUGUCCAAAAGAAGCAAUUACUUAUACUAUGUAGAUUUUGAUUUAAAAAAAUUCACUAUACAAAUGAAUCCCUGAAUUCUGAAUUACUUUCCCCCAUGUUGGCUUAAAAUAGGCAAUUGAAAAAAGUGCAAGAUAUGAUAUAAAAAGAAUAUUUUAUGUAUAUUUUAUUGGUCAUCAUCGGGUGAAUAAUCGUGAGAUGAUAUUCUGAAAGUUUUCUUCCAUUGUUCUGGUGCAGCACUGAAGAUGUGGCUCCAUGAUUUGAUCUUUAAAGUAAGCUGAAUGGAACAUUUUAUGUGCAGUCUGUCUGAUAAUGUACUGUAUGUUCCCUUCAGUCAGUCAACACACAGCCCCAAUUACCAUGAAGAAAGUGCUGCCUGUUGGCCACUAGGUGUCAGUGUACCUCUUGAGUUGCCUUCACUGCAGAUGUCAGCCUUAUGUAAGAAUGAUAUGAUACCCAUAAAAUUCAUAUUUGUGAAACAUCCCAGAAUCCUUUCUAAAGUAUCUUUUGUCUGACUUCUCCGAAAAAAAUGCUACGCUUUCCCCCCCUCCAUUUUUACUUUGUGAAAUGUACGAUAAUAUUAAUCAUGCAAAUCACUUGGUCUAAUGUGUUGUUGCCUUGGCUCUUCCUGAGUUCCAGAGAGCAUCAUGGUGUGGUGAUUUUAACAGCAGUUCCAAUGUUAAGUUAUUAAAAUGUCUUAGCUCUUGCUUCAUUACUUACAUGCACUAGUAACUGGCCACUCAUCCGAACUGGAAGCUCAUCCUAGCAGCAUGUAUACCUAUGACAACAUGGUUGUUAUGUAUUAUCUGCCUCACUUAUAUCUCACUUAGAACAUAAGUAACUAUGAAACAAACAAACAUAAAUUGUGUGGCUGAGGUCAUAUUACCAAAAAUACAUCUGUUGAGGUAUAUAUUUCUUAAAUAAUUGACUUUUGUUCCAUCUAUAGUGAUUUAUGCACAUCAGUAACAUCACCCUUAACCAGACUUUUAAAAGUUCUAUGAAAUUUCUGUGUUUAAGAAACACAGUAAUCAAUAUCAGCAACAGAACUGCAUAGUAAUGUUACUGUAAAGAACAGUCUUGCAAAAAGUUUGAUAUUUACUUUUCGACAUUCUUUUUUCGUUGUUGAGUUAACAUACCAUCUCAAACAUAUUAACACCUGUUUAGAUUAAUCGCAUAAGUAGUUUUUACUACUGCAUGGUUCCAGUGCAGACAAGUUUGUGAUACCCCCUUUUAUGAUCUUUUCUGGCCACCGUAGUUUUCAUCAACUGAGCGCAAAGUGUAACUUACUGUAGUGUGCCGGGACAGCAAAGGGAAGUUAGGAGUAUACCCACAUUUAUAAAGGGGACCCUUUAUCCUGGAAUCUCCAGUUUGUGGUUCUUAAAGUUUGUCCUUGAAAAGCCUCUUUUGGUUUUCCUCCCCCUGUUGUCUCAUAUGGGGAGUUGCAUUCCAAGCUGCAUCCAGCAGAGAAGCAAUAUUCCUGUCUCAGGGCCUGUGCAUCGCUCCAUGGGCGUCCUGGCACCUCUCACCCUGUGUAUCUGAAAGUCGUUGUGUGAUUGCCUUCAAAUAAUUGCACUUCUUUGUUUUGGUAGAACAGUUCAGGGCGUAUGCCCUCCACCAGUUGUGGAAUUCACCACAUAUAGGUCUUAUCCCAAACAUUGUGACAAUAAUAGAUUUAUGCCACAAAAGUGAAUCAAGAAUAUGAGUGCUUAAAUUUUCUGAGAUGAAUAUGAGGUAGCCAUUACACUGUGACCUAGACCAAGCAUAGCACUGAUGUGUGUUCCACACUCCGAUCUGGGGAGGUUACUCUGUUUCGUUCCACGGUGCAAAUACUUUACGGUAGUUUUAUAAUGAGGUAGCCAUCCUGCUAGAUGAGGCGGAAGAGAUCUACCCAUGUGGCCUGAGCCGGUGCUAGCCAGAGAUGAGGAGCACAGCGGGGCCAAAGAGAGCAGCCGGUCAUUCUGGCUAGCAGUCAGAGAUGGCUCCGGUUACGGCCUGCUGUGAUCGAGAGAGACUGCUGGUGCAGAAGAGGCACAGGGUGAAGGUUGGAGCGGGGUGGUCACCAGGGUGUCCUUCUACACCUCACCUUGGCUAGAGGACGAGUGAGCAGAAUCCUGGACGAACGUAUCCAUGCUUCACAUAAAAGACCCACGUUAUUUUUUCUUACAUGUCUUCUGGGAGCACCAACCAUCCAUCGAUCUUCCAACCAUUUAUCCCAAAGAGUAAGGAAGGGGCACAAGGCACGGCUACGCCCAGGGCAACAGGUGGGAAAAGCCUGCUCAAGAACAUCUUAUCUGGCCAAAUCAAAACUGUCCAAACAUAUGGGAAGUGGAAACCACCUUAGACUUCAUUCCUUGCCACCCUUAAUCAUCUGUAGUUCUUGCCUCUGUGUGUUCUAACCUCCCUGGCAGACCUUAUACAAGAAUGAAGUUAGCGUGUUAAGGAUGGAGGAAUCUAGCCUGUGCCUUGGUGUGUCUUCGGCGAUUCCGGAAGCUGACGGCCAUCUCAAAAACGCCGCUCUCAAUGGCCGCUAUCCCAUUAGCCAGAAGAUGCACCAGCUGACCACUCAGCUGGGCCAUGCAUUCCCUGACUUCCCCAAGAGACAGCAGAUCCCAGAGGAAAAAGCAGCCACCCCAUUGGAUGAGAAAAGCCGCACGGCUCUCCCCGGCCAGCACAUCAACAGUCAAAUGGCACUGCUAGCCAACCAGCUCAACAGGGACAUUGAUGCAAGUAGCUUGGGUUUGAAUGGAAGAGUGGAUCUCCAACAGUUCCUGAAUGGGCAGAACAUAGGCAUCAUAUCCCAGAUGAAUGACAUUGAGGAGGAUGCCCGCAAGAACAGGAAGUACCCGUGUCCUCUGUGUGGAAAGAGAUUCCGCUUCAAUAGCAUAUUAUCGCUGCACAUGCGCACUCAUACUGGGGAGAAACCUUUCAAGUGCCCUUACUGUGACCACAGGGCUGCACAGAAGGGCAACCUGAAGAUUCAUCUCCGCACACAUAAGCUGGGGAAUCUUGGAAAGGGCCGUGGCCGAGUGCGUGAGGAGAACCGGCUUUUGCACGAGCUGGAAGAGAGGGCCAUCUUGAGGGACAAACACCUGAAAAAGGGUCAAAUGCAGCCCCAGACAGAUAUAAAGCCUGUAACUCCGGCUGUCUCACAUCAGCAGCUGCCUGUGCAGUUCCAGUAUCAACCACCCAAUUCUGAUUGCAGUCACCCUGCACCAAGCAGUCUGCUCUCUGCUGAAAGCCUGUCACAACCAUCACCGUCCCCUAAGCCAGCCAACUCUCAUGAUGAGCAGGUCGCCCCGACCACGGGCUUCCGCUGCACCUUUUGCAAAGGGAAGUUCAAGAAGCGAGAGGAGUUGGACCGGCACAUCCGCAUCCUACACAAACCCUACAAGUGCACCCUUUGCGAGUAUGCCGCUUCGCAGGAGGAAGAUCUCAUCAGCCACGUGGAGAAGGCCCACAUUACUGCUGAGUCUGCCCAGGGGCAAGGGUUAAGUAACAACGGGGAGAAGACCACUAACGAGUUUCGCUGUGACGUUUGCGGUCAGGUAUUCAGCCAAGCCUGGUUUCUAAAGGGCCACAUGAGGAAGCACAAGGACUCUUUCGAGCAUUGCUGUCAGAUCUGUGGUAGGCGUUUUAAGGAGCCAUGGUUCCUGAAGAACCACAUGAAGGUCCACCUGAACAAAUUGACAAUCAAGAGCAAGCCGCCCAGCGACUCCGAGAUGUCCAUCAACAUGAACAACACCUCUCAAGAUGCUCAUGCCAACCUUUACUCUCGAUACAUCUCCUGCUUGCAGAGUGGUUUCCUCUCGGCUGAAAAAAUGAACUUGUCUGAUCAACACCAGAUGCUGACUAAAGCAGGUGUGGCAGUGAAGGAGAAGGAAAUGCUGGGAAAGCUGUUGGCUCCUGUAGCAGGUCUAAGCCAUGGAUUGACUGAGGGGGAAAAACAGUCUUUGUUUAGCUGCCUAAAUAUGGUACCCCCUCUAAAAUCUAGCUGCAUGGAGCGCUUACAGGCAGCGGCAAAGGUGGUAGAGAUGGAUCACCUCAACAGCUACCAGGCAUGGCAGAUCAUGGCCCGAGGUAUGGCUAUGGAUCGGCUGUACGCGCCCCAAGAUCAGCAGUGUGUGCCACGUAGCCAGGAUGAAGAGCUGACGAAGGGCACCAUGGCCUUUUCAAAAGAGAAGCACAACUAUCCAUUAAUUGGCUCUGAGGGCUCCAAGCAGUCGUCACAUUUGGAGGCAAUUCACAGAGCCAAGGGUGGUAGCAUAGCCUCCUGCAAGGAUGAUGGUGCCUUUGACGGUCACAGAGAGUUUGUGUCCCAUGCCAGCUUGGGUCAGACCCUCGAGUACAGUCUGGUUAACCUGAAGGAGAAACCUAGUGAGUGUGCCGACUGCGGUCGGGUUUUCAGAACUUACCACCAGAUGGCGGUCCAUUCUCGGGUGCACAGCAAGGAGCGUCGGCAUGCAGACGAGGGGAUCCAGCAGAGCGUGGGCCUGGACGAGCGCCGUGGCUCCGCCAGUGACCCGGAGUCUCAGUCCAUCAGCAGGUCCACCACCCCAGGCUCAUCUAACGUCACAGAGGAGAGUGGAACUGGCGGGGGCAUCUCCCAGACCGGCAGCGCUCAGGAAGACAGCCCACGUCCCUCCUCACCAUCCUCAGACGCCGGAGACGAGUCGGUAAGGCAGGUGGGAUUUGCUCCGCCCCCUACCCAGCACAGGGAGAGGGUGCCUGCGUCGGCCACAAAGGACUGCCCCUACUGUGGAAAGACAUUUCGGACAUCUCACCACCUGAAGGUCCACUUGAGGAUACACACAGGCGAGAAGCCAUACAGGUGUCCUCACUGCAGCUACGCUGGGACACAGUCAGCCUCGCUGAAGUAUCAUCUGGAGAGGCACCACAGGGAGAGACAGAAUGGUGCAGGCCCGUCAUCCGGACACUCCCCUGAGCACAAGGAGGAGCAGGCAGGAAGCAAGAACAGCCUCUUUAUCAGACCAGAUGUCCUGCGUAGUGUCUUUAAAGGCACAGCCAGCAGCAUGGACUUCAGGGGUGCCUCGGCACUGCCCCACCGGUGGACCCCUCCUGGGAUUAUGGCCCCAAAGGACCAGGAACAAGACUGCCAUAGAGGACCUUCUGAAAACCCCUCUGAGAACCUGAACAUCUCAGAUGGGUUACCAACGAGCAGGCCGGCAAGCUUCUCCGACCUCAGCCAGGCCUACCACGGCAUGCUGGGAAACGGAAGCAGCUUCCAAGGGGCCCUGCAGGCCUUCAUGGACAACUUCGCUCUGACUUCCUUGAAGAAGGACAAGGAGAUGAGGGAGAGCCAGCCGCCAGCGCAACAGCAGCAGAAUUUCAGCCAUGAGAGCGGCGAUGGGAAAGCCAAGAGAGGCGAGAAUAGCGGGGAAAAAACAGAUGCCAGGCCUUCCAAAGGCAAACCCGAGAAAUCACAGUAUGAACCGCUAGAUCUAUCUGUCAGGCCAGAUUCAGUAUCCCUGCCAGGAUCCUCCGUCACCAUCCAAGACAACGUGGUGUGGCACGGCUGCUUGUUUUGCUCCUUCAGAACUUCCUCUGUAGAGCAAAUGGUUCUCCAUUUGCAGGCCAAUCACCUGGGGAAAGGCAAAUACAAGGAGAGCAGUUCCUUGGAUGUGAAAGUCACAAGCAAGGAACUAACGGCCGAGUUUUCCCCCGUGAAUAAAGCCAGGCUGGCUCCAGCUGUUUGUCACCUUGGCAAUGAGGCCAUCUCCUCCAAGCAAGGCUCACAUGCAAAUAAAAUGAUCCAGCAAGAAAGAAUCAAGGAGGCUAACCAUUUGAACAGCGCCAUCAUGAGUGGCUUUCAGAAUGACUUCUACAAGCAGUUCAGUAUGUAUGAAACUUCCCGAGGUCAAGGUCCCCAAGGAUUUGGCCCCAUGUUCCCUGGGUCACUCGAUCAACAGAUGCAGGUUCCUGAGACUCUGAGCCGGAAAUCUGCUGGUCUGAGUGGGGGUGUCUCACCCACCGAGGAGCCGUCCGACAAAUCGUCUGACGAGAUUCCGUUCGGCGAUAUGGAGACGUCCACAGAGCAGGAGUGUCUAGAUGACAGACUUGCAAUGGCGGAUGACAGUAUGGAGCCCGUCACAGAGCCGCUGUCGUCUAAGGAAGCAGAGGAUGAGCCGGAAGAGGAGAAGAUGGAGGAUGAGGAAGGCGGGGGGGCCGAGGAGUUGGCGAAGGCGUCCAGCGAGAUUGACCCGAAGGUGGCCCCGAGACUGGAGGCUCCGGUGCCUCCCCAGCCUCCGCGUCUGGAGAAGCGAUGGCAAGGCCUUAGCCUCCUUUCAUCUCAUGGAGCCCCCACUGGGCUGCCACAAGCAGGCCAGACCCAUCUUGAGCAGCAGAUGAACAUGUUGUCUGUCCUGAGGGCGUACAGCACAGAGCGCCGAGCGGCGUUCAACGGCAUUGGAAACGGCUCAAACGGCACCAGUGGCACCAAGAGAUCAGACAUGUUUGUUCCUCAUUGGGUAGAACAGGAGGAGGAAGACCCUCAAGUCUCUGCCCCCAUGCUGGUCCAGGAAUGUAACCUAGGUGACAGUGAGAUGGAAGACUCUCUUAAAGGCUAGUGCACCACUACAGAGAAUGCAGCCCCUGAACACACCAUAAGGCCCAGCUGGAGAGAGCUUCUGUCAGUUACCAGUCAAGAAAUGAAGGAACAGUAUGAAACACUGAAAACCUGAUUUUGUCAGUUGUGGGAUGCAAAGCGAAUCUUUCAAAUGCAAUGCUUUUCUGUCAACUUUCUGAGCUCUGUGUGUGUGUGUGCGCGAGCAUGUCUUCACGCUGUUGACUGGCUAUUCGUUCAACUUUACAUUCCUCCUGACUGAUCUUACCUGCGGCUAGACUUUGCUCUCGCCUGGUCAAAUACGCCUCAGAUCAGCACUGUGCCAGGUGGGAAGCUCUUUCACUUUGGCAGCACUUCACCAGGAAUUGCAGGCAGCACGUUCUUCAGCACUCCAGGGUUACUAGAUAUUACAGUGCAGCAGCUCGUCACUCUCUUUGGUACUAGAGCUCAUGAUGUAGCCAUUCUUCUCAGUAAAGAGUUAUUUACAUUAAAUUAUCGAAGGACAAGAUGAUUUUAUCUAAAGAUUACACAAAUUACAGUUGUACACUAUGCCCAUUCAUAUACAGUAGCUGGAAAUUUUACUACUGUGAUUCAGGUGAAGUACCUCUGUGGUACUGUACCAGAGUGAGUACAAGACUCAGUGGUACUGUACCAGAGUGAGUACAAGACUCAGUGGUACUGUACCAGAGUGAGUACAGGACUCUGUUUGGGACUUUAAACUACAGAUAACUGGUUUGAGUCCUUUAAUUACCACUCCACUUGCUGCCCAGUAGCUAAACAGAACUCACUUAUGAUAUAAAAAAAAAGCUUCUCUGAGCCGUAGCUCUGUAGCAGCUUAGCAAUGCAGUACAGACUUCUGAGGGAGACCAUGUUCUUUAACUGGAAUGCAGUUUUUGGGCUGUUUUAAAAUUACGUUCCAUUUGUAUCUGCCAGAGUUUCAUGUAUGUUAGCUGACAAUCUAGUUGUUUACAGAACAGGGUCAUUGAAAUAAUGUCCAGGUCUGUUAUGGUAGCUGUUACAGUAAGUUCAUUCAAUUGGUCAGUUGCACUUUUUUGUGGAGACUAAGGACAACAGAUAUAUACAGUAUGGAAGGUGUGAUGGAGCACUCUGCGAGUUAAGCAUGAGUGUCAUACUUGCCGUUGAUUUUCUCCGAGUUCUCAAAGAGCUAAAUGUAUAAACAAAUAAUUAAUUAAAGAGAAAAAGAACAACAUUUUGAAUGUUGCAAAAAUUGCUAAAGUAACUGUCAUUAGUUUACAGAAUUGUAUCCAAAAUAGGUAGAUAUAUAGAAAAAUAAAAGAAUGUGAGAAAAUAUUGUUUUUUUUUAUUUACAUUUAUCUUGUUGACUUAAAGGACUAUAGUGGUUGAAAUGUUUAUGAAAUAUUGCCACCUGUCAAUGUUGCAAAGUAUCACUCACUACUGAUAUGGUUUGAUGUAAUAAAAAUAUAUAACAUGAAAAAGGAAUACAAAAUUAAAAAGAAUGUAGUUAUUGUUUAGCCUUAGAUACAACAAUACUCUGUAACAUCUACAAAAGUAGCUGAUUUAGAUUUAGCAUUUAGAAUGGGUUGUUUUUCAAGUACUGUACUUUUUGCCUUUUACAUAAACACUUUUGACAAUCUUUUCACGUGCUGUGAGAAUAUACCCAUGAUUCAUUUAGCAUAGAGGAAUUUUUAAUUUACGAAGGUAUUUUGCACUGUGAUUGUUUUCAUGAAAUAUUGGUUUUAACAAAUAUAGCAGUACUUAUCGAAUGAACUAAAAAAUAAAUAAAUGCGUGUUUGUGUGUCACUUGAAAUUGUGGAAAAAGUGUCUGUUUCCUGUGGAACACCCCCCACCCCAGUCAGUUUUCUUCAGUCUGUACAGUCCUAAAUCUCUUUGCAUAUUGAAGUUUAGGUAUUGUAUGGCUUUGAUAAAGACUUUGUUAUAUGAAUGUCAGUGAUGCACAUCAGAUCACACACAGUCUGUCAUGUGUUAAGGUGAGAUAUCCUGCUGAAAUCAUAAUCAAUUAUUUUGUUUCCCUUUCUGUUGAUGCGCAGAGGUUUUUCUCCAUAAUGACCUUUGAAUGAACUUAGUAUUAUUUGCCUUUAAAGUUGCCAAAAUCACCGUGUAAUUAAUUGAUGCAUAACACAUAUAAUAAUGAUCAUAAUAAUGUUUAAAAACGGUACCUUCGGUCAGGCAUUGGAUUCGGGGAUUGCGGUGGUGUGACGACCCACUAACAUCCAUUUUUCCCUUGUUUCUUUUUUGUUAUUUAAAAAAAAAAAACGUCUAAAAAUGACGUCCAGUGCUCGGUUUAUUUUGUUUACCCAGGAGGGCUGUCUAUUCGGCACUAACUAAAUGGAUUUCAGUGCAUUUCACAUUCCAGGAAGAUUUGUGACUUGUAAACUCUGUUGUAUUAUCAUGGCAGUACAAGUUUAAUGGCAGCGCUUUCCUUUUGUUACUAUGAAAACUGUACUUGCAAUAAAAAAGUGCUUUCAAA